CAAAGCCAGAAGUAGUGCGGACCCCGGAAACAGAUGGUCUUGUUACAAGAACCUGGUAAGAACCUCUUCAAUCUCCUCUAUUUCUUCGAUUGGAGCCUCUUCAAGUACAUCUUCAUCUAGCUCCCAACGCAAUAAAUUUAAGAAAUCACGACGCAAACCUGAAUAUAACCAACGCUCCAAUGAAAGACGUUUUACCAGACAGAGAGGAGACACACCGGCACCUGGACCUUCCCUUAAGGUAAUUAACCUAACAGAUGUGACCUUAACCAAUGAACAGGAAUCUGUGCUUAGCCUGGGUUUAUCUUUUUGUCCUCAGGCUAACUUUAAUCUUUUCUGUACAGUAAAAGACAUUCAACUAUUUGCACGACGCCUGAUCCUCAAAAAACUGCACACAAGACACUUUGAUCUGAAUACUGAAAACCUGUUGGGUUCCACGGUAGAACAGGAGGCUAUUUUAAACUUACAAUCAUUACUGGAUGAACAGGACCCUAUGCCACAACUAGGAACAGGUGAGUACCCGCGCUACCUUUUACCUAAGAGUGUCACCUUCCCUCCUACGACUUUGGUUCCUGAGGUGGAUAUGUUUAUCAAAUUGGUAAUUAGGGACUUGAGACGCCUGGCAGAAACAAGAGCCAGUGACAAUCUAACAUACCCCCAGCGAAAGGCUGUUCAAGAACUGAGGGCUUUGAAAAACGUGGUUAUAAAACCAUCAGACAAGGGGGGUAAUGUUGUCCUAUGGCCAUCUCAUAUGUACGAGAAGGAAAUGUUUAGACAACUACGUGAUUCCAAUUGCUAUAAGCGACUCACUUUUAACCCCCUGAUGUCUUAUCAACAGGAAUUAGCUCAUAUUCUGGACAAUGCUGUGGAGGAAAACAUCUUGAAUUUGAAACAGAAACAAGGACUAAUUAUACAGUACCCGACCAUCCCUACAAUAUAUCUAUUGCCGAAGAUCCAUAAGAACGCGCUGAUACCUCCUGGAAGACCUAUUGUGUCUGGGUGUAACUCCCUGACUGAACCAAUAUGUCAAUUCCUACGUGCAAGACGCCUGUGCUCCACGGAACAGGACUUUGAAAUGCAGGCCCGUGAUCUAGAGAAAAGAUUCCGUGAAAGGGGCUAUAGCAAUCGGAGCAUUAAAAGGGCAUACUGGAGAGCGAAAAAAACGGAUCGUGCGUCAUCCCUACAUAGAACAAGGACCAACAAGACAACUGACAACCAGGUGAGGUGCAUUUUAGAUUAUAACUCUCGUAGCCAUGAGAUUAGGCAGAUACUUGAACAGCAUUGGCCCGUUCUACAAGUGGAUGAGACACUAAAUGGUAUGAUACCUUCGAGACCAGCGAUUGCAUAUAGACGGAAUAGAAACUUGAAGGACCUUCUGGUGAGGAGCCACUAUGAGACUGAGGAGCCAUAUUUAUUUGGCUCCAAGGGCCCCAAAAACGGCUGCUCCCCAUGUGGUAAAUGCCUUGCAUGUAGUAAUAUAUUACGGACUGAUAUGUUUCGCAAUUCAUCCUGUACCAAGUCAUAUGAAAUUAGGCAGAAAAUAAACUGUGUAACCAAAGGGGUGGUAUAUGUUGCACAAUGCCCAUGCGAAUUGCUAUACGUGGGCAUGACCACCAGGGAGCUCCGCCGACGGGUCAGAGAGCAUAUCCUGGAUAUUAAUGCGGCAGCCAAUGAAACAAACCUUCAGUCUUUGAAAACCCUACCAAGACACUUUAAACUUAAACAUAACAGUGAUGCCACUCUCCUCAAAUUCAUAGGUAUCGACCACGUCCCGGUGGGUAUCAGAGGUGGCCAAUGGAAGAAAUUGGUUGCACAAAGAGAAACGCGAUGGAUCUUCAGGCUGGACACACUUGUACCUCACGGCUUAAAUGAGAUGUGUUAUGAGACUUACCAACCAGGGCCAUCACGUGACUACUUCUAGCCUCCUUCUAUCGUUGGAGUGACCUUACCACCGGAAUCAUGUUGGGACUCUCUUUCUCUUAUCAAUUUUAAAACAUACUUUUUUAU